GCCUCCUUUGCUGCUCGUAGAAGUAUAGCACGUAGCCAUGUCAACACAAGCUGCACCUGCACGUAGAUGCAAAUUGCCUCCCUCUUCCUCGGUGAAAACCAUGCCUAUGCCGCUGCUGCUCCCGCUCGCCUUCUUAUUUCUGCGCACAGUUACACCCACCGGCAGCAACGGGAGCUGCACGCCGAGGUCAUGCGGGGACCUGACCAUCAGGUACCCCUUCUCCCUCGCCGGCGCACAGCCGUUCUACUGCGGCUACCCGCCCUUCGACCUCACCUGCGACACCAGCACUGGUCAUGCUGGUGCCUACGUGAGGAAAACGUUCAGGGAGCACCUGUUCCGCAUCAACGACAUAUCCUAUGAGAACAACUCCAUGGUGGCCGCCGUGCAGACCUCCUUCGUGGGCGACAGGGCCUGCCCCGUCCCCGACUUCAACGUGUCGGCCAGCCUCGCCCUCUUCCCGUUCAACAUCAGCGUCGCCAACAAGCGUCUGGUGUUCUUCUACAACUGCACCGUGCCUCGUGAGUUCAGCCUGCCGCGGCGGUGCGCGAAUCACUCGAUGGGAGCCUACAUCUCCGGUUCAUGGGACGACGGCGAAGGCGGCACGCCGCCGCAGGGGGUUCCGAGGAACUGUAGCUCGGUGAGCGUGCCGGUGCACCGAGGAAUGGCGCGACCUCAUGAGCACUACGAGCGGCUGAUCAGGGAUGGAUUCCUCCUGAAGCUGCUGGCGCCGAUAGGGGACUGCGAUGGAUGCAGGCAGAUGAGCGGCAGGGAGUGCAGGUUCGAUCAGUUUGCGUUCCAGUGCGCCUGCCCCGACGGGAACCUCUGCUCAAAUUCCACCCAAGAAACCAACGCAACAGCUCAUCCAGAUGAAUGGCAGAUGAAGUUCCUGAAAACGGUGAUCGAAUUGAUAGAUCAUCAUAAUUUGGCUGUGUUUAGCUCCGUCUCGAUAACCUUGUCGGCGCCGAGGAACGCCCUGACGAACGGCUCCAUCAUCAGUCGGGGGCUCGCGGUGAUGAUGCACCUCCUGCCGAACGAGCGGAACACCCGCCACCCAUCAGGGUGCUCGUCGCGGGUGUAG